CCAUUUUGUUAGCUAGUUUGAGGUUAACGGGGGUUAGCUGUGUGCAGCUGUUGACAUUUCGUGUUUAAAUUAAACGGAAUGAGAUCAUUUGUCAUUUAUUUAAAGUAAUUGUUUUCGAAAAAGCAGUAUUAGAUAAUAGGACUCUUGUAUUGGUUGACACUAAAAAUAACUCAAGACUGGGUGGCCAUUCAUUUUACAGCUGUCUUGAGUUUGCUAGCUCAUUAGCUAGCUUGCUAACUUAUUUACGCGUUACGUCCAAAUUAUCCGCUUUUAUGGUCGCCAGAUUUUAAAAAAAUACACUGAUAGAGUGGUCGUCUCACACAGUUUGUCCGCUUUUGGUAGUUUUUGCUUUACGUUUGCUUUAUCUAACAAACGCAAACUUGAGCCAGGAUAGAUAUCUUAAACUCGUGUACAGUACUCUGGGGCUUACUAAUAACUUGAGCUUUAUCAGUUGAUACCAAUUGGACCAGGGCUGAGCCAUCCAGGACACAAUGUCAGAGCUGUACAUUCGGGUGGCUGAGGAUGAAAAUGAAGAGCCCAUGGAGAUCCCCUCAGAAGACGAUGGUACAGUUUUGUUAUCAUCCGUGGCAGCUCAGUUCCCAGGAGCUUGCGGGCUGCGGUACAGGAACCCAGAGUCCCAGUGCAUGAGGGGGGUCAGGCUUGUGGAGGGAGUCCUGCAUGCACCUGAGAGCGACUGGGGAAACCUGGUCUAUGUUGUCAAUUACCCCAAAGAUAAUAAAAGAAAGAUGGAUGAAAUAGAUGCUGCCUCAGCCGUGAAAAUUAAAAGGGGCUUUCAGAAGACAUCGGAUCUCAUUGUGCUUGGAUUGCCGUGGAAAACAACAGAACAAGACCUGAAAGAUUAUUUUAGUACCUUUGGGGAGGUUAUCAUGGUCCAGGUAAAGAGAGAUGCAAAAACUGGCAACUCAAAAGGUUUCGGGUUUGUCCGAUUCACUGACUAUGAGACACAAACUAAAGUAAUCGCACAGAGACACAUGAUUGAUGGACGAUGGUGUGACUGCAAACUUCCAAAUUCAAAGGCAUGUCCUGAUGAGCCCAUGCGGAGCCGUAAGAUCUUUGUUGGCCGCUGCACAGAGGACAUGACACCUGAUGACUUGAGGCAGUACUUCAUGCAGUAUGGUGAAGUCACUGAUGUCUUCAUCCCCAAACCUUUCCGGGCAUUUGCAUUUGUCACAUUUGCUGAUGAUCAGGUUGCCCAGGCUCUGUGUGGAGAGGACUUGAUCAUCAAGGGUGUCAGCGUACACAUCUCCAACGCUGAGCCCAAACACAAUAAUAGUAGGCAAAUGAUGGAUCGAGCGCGGUUUGGGGCUGGUGGGUUUAGUCAGGGCUAUGGCGGUAAUCGCGGUGGUCUAGGCAGCAGUAGUGGAGGGGUUAAUUUUGGGGCUCUGGGCCUUAACCCAGCAAUGGUGGCAGCUGCCCAGGCAGCAUUGCAGAGCAGUUGGGGAAUGAUGGGCAUGCUGGCUAACCAACAGGGUCUGACAACAACAGCAGGCACAGCCACUACAACCCGAGAUCAGACCUAUAGCUCUGCCAGCACCAGUUACAGCAGCCCCAGCUCAGCUAGCCUUGGUUGGCCUGCAGGCACUAACACCGCCUCCAGCAGUGGCUUCAGCUCCGGCUUUGGCACGUCUAUGGAAUCCAAGUCCUCUAGUUGGGGAAUGUAGAUAGCUACAAGUUGACCUUUUCUGUUGCUGUUAGGCUAAUCCGGUAAGUAUGCCUACAGGGAAGAGUGACUUAUAUCUUAUUUAAAAGAAAAAACACACUGCCUUUUAUUUUAUUAAAGAGAAAAAUUUAUACUCGUGUGACUGAGUGUGUAGUCAUGCAUCGAAUGGGUGAAAAGUUUAGUUUGUUGGUGGAAUCUCCCACACUAUAUUGUUUUGUGAGAAUAUGCUACAGAUGACUGUGCAUGCACCAUAAUUAUUUAUAAACAUGCACGAGCAUCUCCAAAAGACCCCACCCCCUCACACACACACACACACACACAGACCUCUGUGAGAUGGGCUUUAUUAUGUAUAUAUCUGUAUGCAUUUGAUUCUAUCCUAUUUGUUUUGGGGGGGUUGUUUUGUUUUGGGUUUUUUUCCACAUCUUUUUGGAAAUGCCUUCAUGAAAGUCUCUUCUGCAGUUCACCAGCUCUUUUGCAAUUUCCCGGGUGGAAACGCAUCAAUGGCAGCAAUGUUCGGCAGAUCUCAGAAUCCGUUCCCUUCCUCCCAUGUGUAAAAUCUCUCCAUAUACUGUGUUAGACGGUGGGUGGUUACUUAUUUUUUUUAUUUAAUUUAAAUUUUUUUUUUUUUUUUUUCCUUUAGUAUUUUUCUGUUUCAUGUCUCUCCCCCCCCCCCCUUUUUUUUUAUUAUUUUUUUGGUAGAAAUCUUAUUUAUCCUUGUCACUUUUCAAGCUCCAAUGAAUUGUAUUGAUGAUGGACCGAGUGAGAGUGAGCGAACGGGAGAGCAAAAUGAAAGAAAGCAAGUGUGAGAAGAACUGUUUGUGCAAGUCUUUUUGUUUGUUUGUUUUUUCUUUUUUUUAAUAAGAGACUAAAUGCCUGGGAGAGUUGAAGAACUUGUGGCUUUGUGCGAGUGUGAGGAAGAAGCAAGUACGAGUGUGUUCCCAGUGGCCGUCACAAGGACAGUUCUUACAUCUCAAGCACCCUAAGCUCUCUGCUUUCUCACAUCAUCUUCUACCUAAAUUCCUUUAAAAUCACCGUAAAAUAUGAAGUGCUAUGAGUAUUUGUACCCUUUAGUAGACCUUUUCUUGCUGUCCAAUUUGAUGUGAAUGCUGCAUCUGGUUGUGUGCUUUAAUUUCUCCUUGUUAUCACCCUUUGUGUGAAAAUGUGACUUUGUGUUAGUGAAGUCUGUGUGGGGGGGAUACUGCAAGUGUGUUGACGAUUGAAAGAAGUAAAUAUGGUGAAUGACGAGUUCCUGUUGAAAGUUUGAAGUGGUUACAAAUACAUUUUCUAUGUUUUGUGAAUCAAAGGAAAGUCUGAAAUAAAACUCAAUUUGACUAGGUAUAACCUGUUGACAGUGACUUGUUUUUGACUUUACAUUAAUUGGACUGCCAACACUUUAAUUUACAUGUAUAGGGACACCGGACAUGGAAAGCCCAGGUUUUCGUCUGAAUCCAGGUUGGAGUCAGUAACACGGAAGAUGGAAGAUGAAGCCGUUGUUCGGUGAGCUGGUGCAAACCACAGUGGAGUUACAGCACAGCUCCCUUAAUCCUGAAAAGGAUCUUCGUCAUCUCACUAGCAAGAAACCUUGGACCACAACAUUUAGAGUGGACCAUAGCUGAUCAUAAGCAGCUGAGGUUUUUCUUUUGUACCUGUAAAAUCAGGACCGAUAAAUCAUACCCACCUCUGUCCUCCCAUAUCUGGCACGUCUGUUAGUAAAUGUUUUCUGUAUCUUCUUAUAAUCACUGAUCAGUUCUGAUAGUCUAGCCACUAAGUUGAUUUUAAGUGUCAAAAAUUGUCAGUAUUGUGGGAAGUUUUUUUUUAGUCUUCUGUUUACUUUUUUGAUAAAGACAAAAUGUAUAAGCUGACCUUUUUUCAAAGAAACUAACUCGACUGACUAAACAUGCCAGCAUGAAUUUACACUGUAUUAAAAUAUGAGCGUUGUAAAAUAAAAAGUUUGGAGUUUUU